AUGAGUGCAGUCCCACGCUUUGAAGCGCCGCAGUGCAUUGCCUUGGAAGCCGUAAACCGGCUUUGGCGGCUUUCAGAAUCAGAGCACGCAGUGGAGCUUAUAGAGGCAGCAUGCAUGGAGCUGUGGAGCUCUUCGGCUGGCUACAGCAAGGCGGAACGCAAUCGUUUGCACCUGAAGUUUCAUUUUGAGCUGGCCGAGGACCUGAACGCGACCGCGUGGGGUGUCUGCAGUCCUGCAACAAGCAUGAAACUGCUGGCACCAAAGUUUUGUGCAUAUGUUGGCUUCAACGAUGACACAUUGCACCGCUUUAUGGAGGUCCUUAUCGAACAGAACCACGACAAGCUGCAUGCGCUGCCCUGGUACAACAUUGUAAUCAACUGCAACCACGCUAUUGCCUCGCUUAUACACUCUGGAGACUUUGUGGCAUUGCCCGCGCAAGAUAGAUGCAUCCAGGGCUGGGAUGACAUUUGGAGACUCCGGGCAAUCUUUGUGCAGAAGUUUCGUGAGCGUCGCGAUGCAGCAUGGCGCCUCUAUGAGGAUGAGCGAUACUGA